AUCGCAUCCUGACAUGUAGUAUGUUCGAGUAAGAACAAACUAGUCUGACUUCAAUUCUAGAUCUGUAGAUUAUAGGCGUUUCUUGAAGUCGUUGUUGUGAUUGUUAAAAUGACCUGGGGUUUUGAGCUUUGGGAUCAGUUUGAUCUCAUUGCGAAUCAUACAUCUUCUGGAAUCGAAUAUGUGGAAAAAGUAGCGAAGUUCGUAAAGGAAAGGUGUGAAAUCGAAUCGCGAUAUGCGAGGGACUUACGACAACUUGCAAAGAAAUUUAACCCAAAGAAGAAAGAAGAAGAACACAUCUUUACUUUUCAAAAGGCUUUCAUUGGUGUUGUGAAGGAGACAGAUGAUUUGGCAGGACAGCGUGAACUGAUAUCAGAAGGUUUAACUGAAAAGAUUUGGAAGGAAUUACAUUUAUUGCACAAUGAACUUAAGACAGAGAGAAGAAAGCAUCUGUCUGAUGGAAAAAAAGUUCAAGAACUACUAGAACAGUCAAUAAAAACAAUGGAAGUUAGUAAAAGAGCUUUUAUGAAAGCAAGUGAAGAAGCCGAACAAGCCCUUCAGGCAUACCAGAAAGCUGAUCAAGACAUGGCCAACUCUAGAUUGCAGAUUGAAAAGUACAAAAAUAUAUCAGUUGAGAAGGGCCAGGCAUGUGAGAGGGCCAAAGAAGAAUACAGAAACCAACUUCAACUGACAAAUAGCAAGCAAGCCUUACACUACAGCAAUGAAAUGCCAGCAGUGUUUGAUGAACUACAAAAAAUGGAUGAACGCAGAAUACAGAGAACUGGAGAAUUAUUAGUGGAGUAUGCUAAUGUAGAGGCAAAAACUUUGCCUAUAAUACAAACAUGUCUGAAUAACAUGAAGGAGAAUGGAAAUUCAGUCAAUGGACCACAGGACAGCAAACUCCUGUGUGAUCAAAAUAAAACUGACUACAAGCCACCUCAAGAUAUCAAGUUUGAAGAAUAUAGCAGCAAGCAUACUCUGACCAGACAGCCUGCUGGUGAAAACAAGGGAAAAAAGGCAAAGAAAAUCUUUACUGGUGGGAAAAAAAAGAAAAAGAAUGUUGAUAAUGGAUUGGAUGGUAAUGAUCAAACACUGACACCAGGUGAAAAAACUCGCAAAAGUAAAAAGAAGCUUGAGCAGUUAGAGGCACAAGUUGCACAACUCAAGAACUCUAGAGAAGGUAUGGAGAAAAUGGUUGAUGUAUACAGGCAAAAUCCUUCACUCGGUGACCCAGCCACUAUUGAGCAAAACCUCAGUGAUAAUGCUAGGGAGCUGGACGCUCUUAAUGUUGACCUCUACAAAUAUCAGUGCUACCUAGCUGCUUUGGAGAACAGAGAUGCCCCACCGCCUCCUGAGGUCUACUCUAAAACCAGCAGCUCCCAACCAGUGCCGGCAACAAGCAGCAGCGUACCAGACGGGGCACCACCCAAUGUCCCUCCCCCUCCUGAAGCUGCGCCUGCACCUCCCCCCGCCAUGUUAGUGCCACCGGUUGAAGAACCGGCUGAAGAUGAUGAGUUUGAAGACGAGCUUCACUGUAGAGUUAUUUACGAUUUCCAAGCAACAAAUGAUGGCGAACUCACUGUUGUUGAAGGAGAUGAGCUGGUUGUUUUGGAACAAGACACGGAUAACAGUGGCUGGACGAAAGUGUUAAAAGAUGAUGAAGAAGGAUACGUUCCAUCGACUUAUAUUGAAUAUUUGUAGGAGAAACAUGGAUCACUUAUUACAGAGUGCAAUCCAAUUAAAAUAAUUUUGAAUGGUUGAAGUUUAGGAAAAGUCCGUUGGCAGUAAGAGAGUGCGUGAUUAUUUUCACCGCUUUCGGCCGUUAAACAGGUCUAGGAAUGUGAGGAGAAAGCCAGGGGUGGGUGAGGGGUAUAGUCUUUCACCCCUCCCCCCACCUUCUCUAAUUUUUGCCCUCGAGUGUUUUUUUAUUAAAUUCAACGCUGAGAGCAAGCGACACGACUUUGUGCUCUCUUGUUUUGAUUAUCCAGCUGCUGAAGUUUGUUGGUUUUCUGCUCGUGCGGUUUGGCCAAAAACUUUCCCUGUACCAGAAACAACCAAUCAAAUACAAUCAAUCGCAAGGCGCUUAACUGAACAGUUGUUUAUAUUCGAUAUUUUUACUUGAAUUUUUCCUUAGAAAAGUUUUUACUCCAAUGUUUCCCUGGAAAGUUGGUAAAAUUAUUCAUUGAAUUGAAAUCUAAUGAAGAUAUUUGUUGAGGGUUAACUAAAUCGUUAUAGUCUGAUGUUGGAUUUACUGAUGCAAAUUUUACGCGAAGGAUACAACAAAACCAAAAAAAAUUAAUGCAUUUCUGUUAGCGGAAGAGUAGCAUGGAGGAAGCUUAGGGUUCGCUUGACGUUGCUUAGCAAUGCGAAAUAAGAGGUUAUUGGAGGCUCCACACGACGAGAAUAUUUUAUUUUUGUGUCGCGUUAAUUUUAGAUCAUUUGACAAAUUUAUUGGGCGUAGUAAUGUAGUAUAGCAUUGUGUUUAAUAUUUCUUACAAUACAAGGGUUCUCGAAAUGAUAUAUAGAAAUUUCAUAUUAUGGCCAUCUUUUGUUUUUGUUAAGUUUUUUUUAAGAAAUAUGCAUGUUGUCAGUGUUGUCUUACUAAUAUUGACUUCUGCUCUCACUUAACAAAUGGAUACUUAAAAAAUAUAAGAAUUCAAUUUUUUUUCUUUUUUCAUCGAAUGCACAACAAAUUAUGUAUCGCCGAUAUAAAAGUACCACGACGUACUAUUUCUUAGUUUGAUAUUUGUGUUGGUUAGAUGGUUAUUUGUUUAUUUUUUUUUUAGCGGUGGAAUACUCUAUGGGUUACACCAAAUUGAUUUGUUAAUAAAAUGAGAAAUAGUUCUAGUAAAUGAUCAAGAGCGGCCGCUUUUUUCGACUGUGAGUCAAAAUAUCGUAAUUCAGUAUAGGCGCAACUGUUAGAAUUCGAUAAGCUCAUAUUAGAAGUAAAUAAAAUUAACCCUGAAUGUUGA